AUGCAUCUCGAACUGGUUCUCGUGGGUCUCGCCGCCCUUACGGCAGCUAUGCCACUCGAUAAGAGGGGUGACGACUCCGCGAAUCAAGCCCAAGAUAUCAACUACAAGGAAUACGCCGGCUACCGCCCGUACUAUCAGUACGGAGAUUAUUCUUCACCAGCCGAAGCAGAGGCAGCGAAGAUGCAGCAAGCGUACGCUCAGUACGAAGAUUAUUCUUCACCGGCCGAAGCAGAGGCAGCGAAGAUGCAGCAAGAAUCAGCGGCCACGAACAUGAAGCGCGACGAACCCUUAUCCAAACAGGAGGUGUACGAUAAGUACGACAAGUACGAGACCUACGGCGUCUACUACGAGAAUUACAAUCCGUACCCUGCUUCUGUAGAAGCCGAAGCCGCGAAGAUGAACGCCAAGAUUGAAAAGCGCCAUAUCGUGGAUAUGCCCAAGGAUAUGAUGGAUCAAAUGGCCAACAGCGAGAAGCGUGAUGAGCCUAAGGAGGUUCAGGCUGCAGGGGACUCUUGGUACCAGUCUUACAUGUAA